AUGGCGGAUGGCGGCGGGGAAUCGGAGUCGACGGCGCUGGAGUUCACGCCGACGUGGAUCGUGGCGGCGGUCUGCUCCCUCAUCGUGGUCAUCUCCCUCGCCGCCGAGAGGUGCUUGCAUUACCUUGGCAAGACGUUCAAGGCGAAGAACCAGAAGGCGCUCUUCGAGGCUCUCCUCAAGGUCAAAGAAGAGCUGAUGCUUCUGGGGUUCAUCUCCCUGCUGCUGACGGUGUUCCAAGGAGUGAUGCAGAGGACGUGCAUUCCACAGGAGUGGAGCAUCUACAUGCUCCCAUGCCAUAACGCCAAGAAGCAGGCCGAGCUGAGCCCCACGGAGGCGCAUGGACUUGCUGCCGGAAUCUUAGGCCUCACUCGCCGGCGUCUGCUUGCGGAGGGCGGGCCCAUGGCCCAGCAUUGCCAAAAGAAGGAAGAAGUUCCUUUGUUGUCAGUUGAAGCACUACAUCAGCUACAUAUCUUCAUUUUCAUUCUGGCCAUUGCACAUGUGAUUUUCUGUGUUUUGACUAUGCUUUUAGGAAGUGCAAGGAUUCGUCAAUGGAAACACUGGGAGGAUGAAAUUCAGAAGGGUGCUACAGAAAAUGGGCCUAGGAAGGUGACCGAUGUGCAUCAAUCUGAAUUUAUCAGGGAACAUUUCAAGGGUAUUGGCAGAGAUUCCACAAUGUUGAACUGGCUGCAUUCUUUUGUUAAGCAGUUUUAUGGGUCAGUUACUAAAUCGGACUACACUACAAUGCGACUUGGCUUCAUCACGACACAUUGUAGGGCAAACCCAAAAUUUGAUUUCCACAGAUACAUGAUGCGAGCUUUGGAGGCUGACUUUAAGAAGGUGGUUGGCAUAAGCUGGUACUUGUGGAUAUUCGUUGUGGUAUUCAUGUUGCUGAACGUCAAUGGUUGGCAUACAUACUUUUGGAUCUCUUUCAUUCCCCUUCUUCUUCUGUUGGCCGUUGGCACCAAGCUAGAGCAUGUCAUAACUCAGUUGGCUCAAGAGGUCGCCGAGAAGCACUCCGCAAUAGAGGGCGACUUGGUCGUGAAUCCGUCAGAUGACCACUUCUGGUUUGGACGACCAAAAAUCGUCUUGUACCUGAUCCACUUCAUCCUUUUCCAGAACGCAUUUGAGAUUGCAUUCUUCUUCUGGAUUCUUACUACCUACGGCUUCAACUCCUGCAUCAUGGACCACGUCCCCUUCAUUGUGCCGAGGCUCGUUGUGGGGGCCAUCAUCCAGCUCCUCUGCAGCUACAGCACCCUGCCUCUGUACGCCAUUGUCACGCAGAUGGGAACCUUCUUCAAGAAGGAGAUCUUCGAUGAGCACGUGCAGCAGAGCCUCGUGGGCUGGGCGCAGAAGGCCAAGAAGAGGAAAGCGCUCAAGAACAAUGGCAAUGGCAGCACUGGCGCGGCCGGAUCGGCAUCGGCACAUCCAUCUGCGAGGCUCGAACUGAUGAGACGAGCUGUCGCUCUUGAAGAAGGCAGUGCCGGUGGCAACGGGAGUGAAGCCAGUGCGGCCGAGCUACAGGACAGGGGCCCGAAGCUCUGA